CGUUGGUUAAUUACAGUCUUGCUAAUGAAGCAGUGAUGAGUUGGGGUGAGCGCGUUUGAAUCGGUUUUAAGGCAGAAUUGUGGCGCUCAGUGGGCAGAAAAUGGGGCCGUGCUUUGAAUGGGGGUCAUGGUGGCUUUGCUAAUUAGCUGUGUGUUAAUGAAGGGCGAUUGAAGGGCAAUGGAGAGCAUCAGGUGGACUUAAUUACUGCCCAGGUGGUGUUAAUUACCCGCAGGAGGUGUUAAUUAGCCAGGUGAAGCAUCUCUAUGGUGUUGGAGGACCCCUUCUAGCCCACAAUGCCCCAACUCUAUGGUCUUGGAGGGCCCUUACUAGCACACCCUCCCUGCAUCUCUAUGGUCAUGGAGGACCCUUCUUAGCCCACCAUGCCCCAGCUAUAUGGUCUUGGAGGACUGUUCCUAGCAGAACCUUAAAUAGGGGCCUUAAUGGGGUUCUUCAUGAGGUUUUAAUGGUGGUACUAAUCGGGUUUUAAUCGGGGCCUUAAUUGGGGUCAUAUAUGGGGUCCUUAGAGGGGCCUUAUGGGGUCAUAUAGGGCCAGAAUCCCAUUAGGACCCCAUAAGGACCCCAUAACCCCCCUUAGACUCCAUAAGGUCCCCAUAGGACCCAAUAGGACCCAUAGGACCCCAUAAGGACCCUAUAAACCCCCUGAGACUUCAUAAGUACCCUAUAAGGACCCCAUUAAUCUUCUCUGACCUCAUAAGGACCCCAUAAGGACCCUAUAAAGGCCCCCAGACCCCAUAAGAACCCCAUAAGAACCCCAUAAGGACCCCAUAAACCUCCUCAGAGCCCAUAGGACCCAAUAGGACCCCACAAAGACCCUAAAAACCCUCCCAGACCCUAUAAGGACCCUGUAAACCUCCUGAGACCCCAUAGGACCCCAUAAGGAUCCUAUAAGGACCCCAUUAACUCUCUCUGACCCUAUAGAACUCCAUUAGGACCUCAUAGGACUCUAUAAACCCCCUGAGACCCCAUAAGAACCCCAUAAAACCCCCAUAGGACCCCAUAAAGACCCGAUGGGAUCCCAUAAGGACCCUAUAAACCUUCUUAGGGGUUCUUAGGGGACUUAUGGGUCCUUACGGGGUCUUAAGGGGUUUAAAAGUGUCUUAUGGGGUCUUGAUGGGGUCCUAAGGGGACUUACGGGCUCCUUAUGGGGUCUUUCGGGGUUCUCAGGGGUUUUAUGGGGUCUUUAUGGGGUCUGAGGAAGUUUAUGGGGUCCUUAUGGGGUCCUAUGGGCUCUGGGAAGGUUUUACAGUCCUUACAAGGUCCUUAUGGGGUCCUGUGGGAUUCUAUGGGAAGUUAUGGGGUUCUUAUGGGAUCUGAGGGAAUUUUUAGGGUCCUUAUGCAGUCCAAUGUGUUCCUAUUGAGUCCUUAUGGGGUCACAGGGGGUUUAUAGGGUCCUUAUGGGGUUUUUAUGGGGUCUGAGAGGGUUUAUAGGGUCCUUAUGGGGUUCUGUAGGGUCAGAGAGGGUUUAUAGGGUUCUUAUGGGGUCCUACAGGAUCUUAUGGGGUCCUAUGGGUUCUGAGGUGGUUUAUAGAGUCCUUAUGGGAUCCCAUGGGGGUUUACGGGGUCUCUAUGGGGUCAGGCCCGUUUAUAGGGCCCUUAUGGGCUAAUCCCCCAAGAUUCCAUAAGGAACAACCCAACAACAACCCCAUAAGAACCCUAUAAAUCCUCCCUGACCCCAUAGAACCCCAUAAGAACCUCCUGACCCCAUAAGAUCCCCAUAGGACCCCAUAGAACCCUAGUAAGAUCCCAGAAAGCCUCCAUUAUACGCCAUAAGAAACUACCUAUCCCAGAAAAACGCCACAAAAACCGUAAAACCUCCCCCCGACCCCAUAGAAGCCCAUAGAAUCCCAUUGAAGCUCAAUUCAAAGCCAUUCAAGCCUCUCCCCACAGCGCCCCCUGGUGGCCGGACGGCGCGUUGCAGCGCCCCAUAGAGCACAGCCAUAGGAACACACAGCGACUCUAUGAGGACCCUAUAAGGACUCUAUAACCCCUCCCCGACCCCAUAAAGACCUCAUUAAGACCCUAUAAAGAUCCACAGGACUCUAAGGACCCCACAAGACCCCAUAAAAGCCCAUAAGGACCCAGAAGAACCCUAUAAGCGCUCCUUGAUCCCGUAGGACCCACAUUAAUCUGCCCAAUAAAGGUCCAUUAACACCCCAAUUAGCACCCAUUAAAACCCCAAUUAAGACCCCAAUUAAGGUACCAUUUUGAACCCCAUUAAGACCCCAUUAAAACCCCAUUAUGGCCCCUAUUAAGGGGCAUACUAAGAACAGUUCUCCAAGACCACAGUGUUGGGAAGUGGUGGGCUAGGAACGGUCCUCCAAGAUCAAAGAGAUGGGAGGACUGAUAAGAAUGGUUCUCCAAGACCAUAGAAUUGGUGCCUAGUGGGAUAGGAAAGGUCCUCCAAGAUCAUAGAGUUGUAGAGAGAUGGCAAUACAAAGGUCCUCCAAGACCAUAGAGAUGCUCCACCUGGCUAAUUAACACCACCUGAGGAGUAAUUAAGUCCACCUACUGCUCUCCACAGCCCUUCAAUCGCCCUUCAUUAAGACGCAGCUAAUUAGCAAAGACCAGCAUUAAGGACUAUUAAUACCCCCACUAGGGCCCCUACUAAAGCCCCAUUAAUAUCCAACUAACACCCCAUUAUGACCCCAAUUAUAACCCUAUUAACACCACCGUUAAAACCUCAUGAAGAACCCCAUUAAGGCACCUAUUAAGGGGUAUGCUAGGAACAGUCCUCCAAAACCACAGAGUUGGGGCAUGGUGGGCUAGGAAGGAUCCUCCUGAUUCAAACGCGCUCACCCCAACUCAUCACUGCUUCAUUAGCAAGACUGUAAUUAACCAACGCAAUUAACUCCUCAUUAACAGCAAUUAACUCGCAAAACCAACAACUCAAUGCUCAAUGCAGCUUUUUAACCCAAAAAUAACACAAAGCCAAAUAAAGCCACACUAAUUAAUAUCUAACAACGCAGGUUAACCAGUAAUUAGUUGCUAAUUAAUCAUUAAGUAACGGUCAUUAAUUACCUGGAUAACCGUCCACCCCGCAGCUGCUUCAAUGCAACUUUAAUGACGCCACCCCGCCCCCUUUAAUACCCUCGGUCUGCGACGGAAGUGACGUCAUCACGCUGUGACAGAAGCGAAAGUGCAGCUUCAAAAUGGUGGCGCGCAGCGUUGCGUUUACUACGAAGAUCCGUAGUACCGAGCGGAGGAUUUUCGGUGCUUUUUAUCGCUUUACUCGGUGUUGAAUGCGCAUUUCUUGGGCCGGCCAGCACCGCUUUCCUCCACAGCAAUGGGAGAAUGGGGCCGGUCUGUUUCAAAGCAAGCGCGUGAGCCGCCAGGGAGAGGUGCUGAACGUGUCUAAGCAUGCACAGGUGGUGACCAUGGGGGUAGCCGAAACUGGCCCUGCCAUUGGAGUGCCCAAUGUCAUCUUAAUGGCUGUCCCUGCGGAUUCCCCAGCCAAGGGGCUGGAGCUCACCAGGCUGCUGCCGCUGCAGUGCGUAAAGCUGACAGUGUACAGUGGUCUCCAGCACUGCCUGCGGCUCCGCUUCCCAACCGGCCGCAAGGUGUACUUGCAGCUGUUCCCUGGGCCCAGAGCUCGGGAGCUCUUUCUGCACUGGGCUGUGCUGGUGACCAUGCUCCCUGUCCCUGGGAUGCCUUGCAUCCACCGCACACCUGCAGAGGAGCCUGCACCCAGGGGGGAGGCCUGCUCCGUGAGCAUGACAGAAGCCAAGGUUGAGGCUAAAGUCAAGGUUUCUGCUAUGGACCUGUCUAUGGAUGAGACACUGACAAUAGGAGAAACAGCAGAGACGGACAAGGCUCCACCUGCUUCCAGCACACCAGAGGACGUUCCCAAUGAGACUUCUGCAGAUGCCAUGAGACGUAGAAGCAACGAAUAUCUUGACACCCUGGCAACCACUGCAAGGAAGAUGCUCUCCUCUGGAUGGCUCUCUGUCAGAAAAUGGGCGUUCUGGAGAAGAGGUUGCCGAGGUCCCAGGCCUACUCCCACAGCAGGUGCUGCACACUGAGCAAAGCCUCUAUGGAGUGGGCAAGAAGAGUGUUUUGCUGGAUUUGAGAUUCUCAGUCUCUGGAAAGGAUUACUAGAGGUUGUGCUCAGGCUUACGCACAGCGAUGCUAACAGCACUGUGUGCAUGUGGUAUGUGGCUGUUUGAAGGAAGCAGGUCAUGUCCUGGGCCACAGCACUUGCUGAUGCACCUCCAGUAUUGUUGGGAACAUUUUAUCCAUCCCAGCAGUCACAGGAACCAGUGGGUCACUGCCUGAGACUGGGAAGCACUGUCUCUAAUCAACAAGAGGCAGUUGACAUCAUGGUGGACAAUUCUGCAUUUGAAAGCAUUUCUUUGGAGUUGCUUGCCUUCGAAAGGGAGGGUUGAGGCAUGUUUAUUGGCUGGACGCUUGGUCUCCAAGCAAAUGAAAGGAACUUGGUAGAGGAGACUGGGAGAUGAUACCACUGUAUCCCGUGAAGGCAAAACAGAAGCUGGCGUCUUCCUGCUUCCUCUUAUUUGCAGGCUUAAAUUUGCAAGGCCUGGAAGAGGGAACAAAGGAGUUCCUGCUAAAAUCCCUAAGGCAGAAGCUGCUACUCCAAAGGAGCUGGCUCUCAGGCACUUUGGACUAUGAGUUGUUCUGUCCUCAUUUGCCAUCAUCAAUUGAAUAACACAACCUUGGAUGACCUACCACUACUGAGGACACAUCACAACUGAAGAUCAACAGCUGAUAACAAGAUACUGGUAGACUGAGGAGUAGUGAAAGGCUUUGCUUUGCUGUGUUAAACAUCUGUCUGUCUGUCUGUCUUUCUCCAUCUUCUAUCUUUUCUUUCAUCUUUUGUGCUCAACAGCCAUUGCCUAAAAUUGUGUUGCCUGUAACAUGUAUUACUCGUAAUCAGCUAGCUAGCCAAUUUUACCUCCAAAUAGUGCCGUUAGUUGUUGAGAAAGCUCUCAAUAAAGUGAUGUAUAUUAUUCCUCUGAGUCUUGG